UUAAUCUUACAAAUUCAACAAAAAUUUAGUGGCGGAUUCUCCCUUGCAUUUUCAGGGCCGAAUGUCUUUUCUUAUUAAUACUGCCGCCACUCUCAGCUUUUCUCCCUCCUUGCCUGCCUUCUUCUCCUCCCCUCCCAAAUCCAAUCUCCGCCCUUCUUCCGCCUUCUUCCCUUCCCAUUUCCCUACCAUUGCUUCCUCCUCUCCUACCUACCUCAGGGCACAUCCGUCUUUGCAUUCCCAACCUUCCGCUGUCAUGGGUGAUGCUCCUGAUGCUGGCAUGGACGCGGUCCAGAGGCGCCUCAUGUUUGAGGACGAAUGCAUUUUAGUGGAUGAGAAAGAUAAUGUUGUUGGGCAUGAAUCCAAAUACAACUGUCACUUGUGGGAAAAGAUUCAAUCUGAACACAUGCUGCAUAGGGCCUUCAGUGUCUUUCUAUUUAACACAAAGUAUGAGUUACUCCUUCAGCAACGCUCUGUAACAAAGGUGACAUUCCCUCUUGUGUGGACAAACACCUGUUGUAGCCAUCCUCUGUACCGCGAGUCGGAGCUCAUUUAUGAGAAUUCUCUUGGGGUGAGGAAUGCUGCACAAAGGAAGCUUUUGGAUGAACUGGGCAUUCCAGCAGAAGAUGUGCCGGUUGAUCAGUUCACCCCACUGGGUAGAAUUCUGUACAAAGCACCUUCUGAUGGGAAGUGGGGGGAGCAUGAACUUGAUUACCUGCUGUUCAUUGUACGAGAUGUUAACGUCAAUCCAAAUCCUGACGAAGUAGCUGAUAUCAAAUAUGUGAACCGUGAACAAUUGAAGGAGCUAUUGAGAAAGGCAGACGCUGGCGAGGAAGGUAUUAAACUCUCCCCUUGGUUCAGACUAGUUGUGGAAAAUUUCUUGUUCAAGUGGUGGGACCAUGUUGAGAAAGGCACCUUCAAGGAAGCAGCUGACAUGGAAACCAUUCACAAGCUGACUUGAGAAAAAGGCAGACUUAAGGUCUAGAUGUGCACAUUUUGAUGCAACGUCACUAGAAGAAAGAUUCCAAUAAGAUUUGGACUUUGAAAUAGCUCUUAAGAAUGGUUGACUUCCUGUUGUGUUCUUUUCAUAAUUGGAUGACUUACAGCAUUUCAGACUUUUCAGUACUAAAUUUUGAGUUGUAUCAUGAAACUGGCAAUGCUUGUAAUUUAGACCUGCCUUCAAUAAAAACUUAUUCCAUUA